CGGACCACACAAUUUGGACGCAAAAGGCAUACAUAUAUGCAGGCAGGAGCACUCCUACACGAGAAUGAAAAGCACAAAGACUGGUUUUGUUAAUUAGAGAAAUGGAGAAGAAAGAAAGAAUCUGUCAUGUAGCGGUCAUACCUUAUCCUGUUCAAGGUCACAUUAACCCCAUGAUCCAGUUCUCCAAGCGCCUAGCCUCCAAAGGACUCCAAGUAACACUGGUCAUCUUCUCAAGCCAGACGCUCUCGACGCCGGCCUCGCUUGGCUCAGUCAAAGUGGUGACCGUUUCUGAUAGUUCUGAUACAGGCAGCAGUUCCAUAGGUGACCUUCUAAACCAAUUCCAAGCUACAGUGACACAAAAACUGCCACAACUCGUUGUAGAACUAGGUAUCUCCUCAGGGCAUCCAGUAAGUUGCCUAGUGUAUGACUCAUUCAUGCCUUGGGUUCUAGAGAUAGCUAGACAGCUUGGCCUCAUUGGGGCUUCCUUCUUCACACAGUCAUGUGCUGUUAACUCUGUCUACUACCAAAUCCAUGAGGGGCAGCUAAAGAUUCCACUAGAGAAGUUUCCUGUAUCAGUUCCAGCGCUGCCACCUCUAGACGUUGAUGAACUGCCAUCAUUCGUGCACGACAUGGAAUCAGAAUACUCAGCUAUACUUACCGUAGUAGUCAAUCAGUUUUUGAAUUUCAGGGGAGCUGAUUGGGUCUUUGUGAACAGUUUCAACACCCUGGAGGAGGAGGUGGUAAACUGGCUGGCAAGCAAGAGGUCAAUCAAGCCAAUAGGACCCAUGAUUCCAUCAGUUUACUUGGACAGGCAGCUAGAGGAUGACACGGAGUAUGGCCUCAGCCUCUUCAAACCUGCUGUCGACGGUUGCAUGGAAUGGCUAGAUUCAAAGGAAACUGGCUCCGUGGUUUACGUGUCAUUUGGAACCUUGGCUGCUCUGGGAGAAGAGCAAAUGGCAGAAAUAGCUUGGGGCCUAAGGAGGAGUGACUGCUACUUCUUGUGGGUAGUCAGAGAAUCGGAAGAGAAAAAACUUCCAUGCAACUUUGUGGAGGGGUCCUCAGAGAAGGGUCUGAUUGUGAACUGGAGCCCUCAGCUAGAGGUUCUGUCUCACAAGUCUGUUGGUUGCUUCAUGACUCAUUGCGGGUGGAACUCGACGCUUGAAGCGUUGAGCUUAGGAGUGCCGAUGGUGGCACUGCCACAGUGGACUGAUCAACCAACAAAUGCGAAGUACAUAGAAGAUGUUUGGCGUGUAGGAGUUAGAGUGAAGGCAAAUGAAAAGGGGAUUGUCACAAAGGAAGAGUUAGAAAAGUGUACGAGGGAAGUCAUGGAAGGUGAAAGAGGGAGUGAGAUGAGAAGGAAUUCUGAGAAAUGGAAGAAACUAGCCAAAACAGCCAUGGGUGAAGGUGGAAGCUCUGACAAGAAUAUUACGGAAUUUGCAGCAAAACUUGCUAGCAAGUUCAAUGAAACCACAGAUCCAAAAGCGUGAAAGCUAUGCAUGGCCUUAAAACUUGGAAAAAUGCUUCUUCUCCAUCAAUGUAUUUCCUCGGUUAUUUUAUAAGAUUCGAUGAUAGUUGUCAUAUGAACUAUACAAUACAAGAUCCAAAUCAUGUUUUCAUGAUGAAAGAAAUAAUAUCAUGUUACUCCCCA